UCAUCAUUUUACGUACACCGGCCGUGCCAGCAGCAUACGGCUCAAACAUUCGGUGAAAAACGCGAAAGUAGAUGCGGCCAGUCCUUUGCAGAGGUUGUACGCAAAUCGCGCGAGAAGGCCGGCCGCCACCAUCCUGUUAGUCAGGGGCCCGUUAGUUUCUAUUCAUCUCGUAGCGCAUCGCGUCGUAGGUCGUUAGUGAAAACGGAGUGUUCGAAGUGUUGUAAUUGAAAUGCAUUGUAGGAGUUGUUGUUUGCUAGUGCUGGUACCUGUACUCCCGUUGACUGACGUCGGAAGCGAUAGAAUACAGACUUUGAAGUUUACAUUUUGAGCUUCGUUUGACACAAUAAUUAUCGAAACGGUUGCUCACGGAAUAGGGCAUUGAGUGAGUUAAUUGAUUUGCAUUUGAGACAGGUCGCGUGAAUCGCUGGUGCUGCUAACGAUUCGCAAGUUAUAAUGAGCGACUCAAUGAAACAGAGCCUGCCGAAUGGCAAGGAUUCGGCGAACAAACGCGCAGAAAAUGGUUGUAAUGGGGCAUCAACGGUGGACUGCGAGGGCGGACCAGCAGACUUCGAAACGGCCAUCGCGGCCACCGGUUAUGGCAAGUUUAACUUCCUGUUGCUGCUGGUGGCGCUGCCCUGCUGCAUGGGCACCGUGUUCGAGACCACCACUAUGUCGUACGUGCUUCCGAGUGCUGAGUGCGAUCUGCACCUUUCGCUGGUCGACAAGGGAACACUGAAUGCAAUUACGUAUGGGGGCAUGAUAACGUCCGCCUUCUUAUGGGGCGCCCUCUCGGAUAUGUACGGCCGCAAGCGCCUUCUUAUCUACGGUUUCCUCCUGGAUGGGACGUUCAAUAUUCUGUGUGCCACCAGCCAGAACGUGGUCGCAAUUAUGAUCUUCAAGUUUAUGGGCGGCUUCAUCAUCUGUGGGCCGUUUGCGGUGCUGAUGUCCUAUCUGUCCGAAUUUCACAGCCUGCAGCAUCGAUCCCGGGUGAUGAUAGUGGUCGGUAUCUUCUACAGCAUUGCCAACGUCAUUCUGCCAUCGUUGGCUUGGAUCAUCAUCCCGCAGCAGUGGGGCUUCACUUUGUUUGGCGGAAAUUUCGAAAUCCACACAUGGCAAAUUUUCCUGGCAGUGUGCUGCAUCCCCAGUUUGCUGAGUGGCACAUGCGUUAUGUUUUUCCCGGAAAGUCCCAAGUUUUUGAUGUCUAAGGGACGAAACGACGAAGCCAUGCUCGUUUUCCAGCGCCUCUACGCAAUGAAUACCGGACGCAACCCGCAACAAUUUCCGAUUAAAGAGCUGGUGGAUGAAACUCUGUGCGGUGGUGCUGCCGGUGGAACUGCAACUGGUGUCCAUGCACAAGAGGAUGAUGAAAAAGUUAAAGCCACCGGUUUGGAGAGCGAACCGAGACCCGGUGGUUUCCACACUGGACUGAAGCAAAUUUUGGUCAUGUUCCGGCAACCGCACCUGGGAAAGUCCCUGCAGGCUUAUGGGAUACAGUUUGGAAUUUUGUUUGGUCUCAACACCUUCCGCCUGUGGAUGCCUCAGCUUUUCACCAUCAUUGAGGAGUUCGAAUCGGAUCCAAAUUCGUUCCAGGAUGGUACCCUGUGUGACAUGUUGGCCUACAAAGUUAACAAGACGAGUGCUCUGCUUAUGCCCACGACAACAAUGAUGACGAGCGAUGUGCUGCAGACAUCGGCACUGGACGGCGCUGGGACAGAGAAUGAACUGAUUAGCAUCAUAUGCAAAGCGACAGUCGAGGGCAACAUGUAUCUCUACUCAUUAAUCAUCGGUUCGGUCGGAGUGGGGGCCUACGUGAUGACAACGGUGGUCAUAAACUACAUUGGCAAUCGAAACAUUCUCGUAUACGGUCUGCUCACAUCCGGAAUGACGGGUUUGCUGCUAUACUGGUCGAAAAGCUCGAUGACCAUCCUGGCGCUGUCGUCAAUUUACAUCACCACCGCCAGUAUAGCAUCCACGGCCCUAGUGGGGUCGGUCGUAGCCAUGUUUCCCACAUCGAUGCGAACCAUGGUCGUCUCACUGACAAUGAUGUUCGGCCGAACCGGAUCCAUCAUCGGUAAUCUGCUAUUCCCCUAUCUGAUGUCCAUGGGCUGUUUGCCACCGUUCCUGAUGAUUGGCAGCAUACAUAUCGUCGUCUCGCUGGUUUCGCUUACCAUUCCCAGGACACUGAAGAAACCGCUGCAGUGAAGUUGUUAAAGUACUUAACCAUUUGUCGUCGAACAAAUACCCACACUGACUGGAGGAUGACUGCACUGUUCGUGGUGAAGAUAAUAGAUGUAAUGUUGAAAGUGAUAUAAAAAAUUAACUCAUUAGCUUUAAGACUGGUCUUUACUGA